AUGUUGAGAACACUAUUCUAUGCCAUCACUUCCAUUCCGCUGGCGCAGGCAUGGACCUUCCUAUACACUAACGCUACAAACAACGCCACGAUACUUCAUCAAACUGGUACGGUGAAUUGCACUAAGAUCGAUCUUGCAAAAGGAAAGGAAUUCUCAUGGGAUCCCGAAGACAUAGAUGUCUGCAUUUCUAUCUAUUAUGACAAAUCAUGCACCUCUCGCGGGGGACUUUCAUGCAACGCGUGGAAAAAGGACUCGGGAAACAACUACCAAAGCAUCCAAAUAUUCACAAAUGACGAUGAUGCUUCAAGCUCAGCCUCCAUAUCGUCUAUUCCCACUCCGGUGACAAUUUCCCCCUCCACAUCUGUGUCCCCCACAUUGCCGGCUUCAAAUAAAUCGACUGCGGAGGCAUCAUCCUCGAGCUCGAGCUCAUCUAAAACCUUUUCUGCCGGUGGUAUCGCAGGAAUUGUUAUUGGAAUGAUCGCAGCCGCUUUCAUCCUAGGAGCCUUCUUCUUUUACAUAGUCAGGCGAAGUCGCAGAACCUCCUCACCCCAGUCUGCACCUGUGUCUUCUAUUUAUAACCCCACUCUAUCCGAUAUGCAAGCGGCAAUGCCGCCACAUGAAUUCGCUUUUGCUAGCUCGGAAAAAACCCCUCCACCAUCCCGCGGCCGCCCAGUUCCCGGAUCCAAGCUGGUUGAGUUGCCGGGGAGUCUCCAAAGAGCCGAGUUGGGAAAUAGCCCCGUGAGCGAGAUGGGAGUGGAUGCUGUUGAUAUGAAGUUCGAUCGUUGUUAA